AUGAAGGACACACCCACCGUCAUGAUCACGGAAACGCAGCCUCUGCUUGUCAAACCAACGCCCCCCCCAUCGCCACCUCUCAACUCGGCGCAGCGCAUCGCUAUCACCCUCUUCGCGUCCGUGCGCGUCGUCCGUGGUCUUGCCUUCAUCGCUUGGCCAGCCAUUGGCCUCUCGUCAUUUGACAUUCCCGCCACGGGCGCGACAUUUUUGCUGGGCGCCCUUCUCGGCUCCAGGGAUUUCCUUCUCGGCGGCCUGCUCUGGACGGCUGACCUCGAUGCGCCCAGCAGGCGCGAGGUGCGCAGGGCGCUCCUGGUGAACCUCCUCUCCGACGCCAUGGACACCUGCAUCCUCAUCUUCUCCGCCGCCUGCUCCUGGCACUGGCGCAACCCAUUCAUUGAGAUUGGUCUCGCCGCCGUCCUGGCCGUCGCGGAACACCUGACACUGUGGAGCAUGGACGAGGACACCGAUGACGGCGCGGCAGCCUACGUGCGCCUCGUUCAGGCCGGCGAGGACAAGCAGAGGCGCAUGGACUCGUGGCUGACCGAGUUGAGGGCGGCGGAGGAGCAGAGUUAUCGACCCGCGUCGACAGUCGCAGAGUCCCACGCUGGAGGAGCUCAAUGA